AUGGUGGGUGUUAAUCGAGACAACCAAGGCUACGAGCCACUCCGACACAUCGAUAUCCCACCUCUAGUACCAACACCUCUCAAGAAAGUAAGGAGCAGCAAUAACACGCAAGACGCCAUGCAGCCGCCAAUGGAACGCCCAGCCCUUGGAACACCUUCGGCAGUCACAAAGGUCACUACACCAACGGCUGGAGUUCGGAAUCCUCUCUAUGCAUCCUCUCUCGAGGAAAGAGAAAUACAUGACCGCAGGUCGUUGGACAACAGGACACCAAUGUCCAGGAAACCUGUUCCGGCUCGGCGAACGAACAGCAUGAACACAACGCAUACGCAACACACCCAUCUCGCGCCAGCCGAUGACUCGGAUGAGACAGAUAGGGAACCAAGCGGGUCAUACUUUGACAAUGCACCCCAACAGCAGCAGUUUCUCGCCAACCGGGGUAGACCACUUUCAUUCUAUGACAUGAAAGAGCAGACCAAGAUGGCGAAACAGUCGGCAAUGAAUCCGCACCGGCACUCCUGGCGCAGCGGAGAGAUGCCAUACAACUAUGCCGACAUUAUUGGAGAUAACCGAUUCAACUAUGCGCCGCCAAAUAUGGGCCGGCAGCAACCACGCACCAACCCGAAAGUGGAAGACUUCUCCCAAAUGAGAUUGCCCUGGACGAUGUGGAUGCACAGUGAAGUCAAGAACCUCUUUGUGGCAGCCAUGGGCGAAUGGGUUGGCACGACCAUGUUCUUGUUCUUUGCGUUCGCCGGCACGCAAGUUGCGAACGCCGGUUCCAAGACACCCGCUGAGGCAACGACGACCAAUGCAACAACUGGUUUCGACCCUGUCGUUAUGCUCUAUAUUUCUGUCUCGUUCGGGUUCAGUCUCAUGGUCAAUGUCUGGAUCUUCUUCCGUAUCUCCGGUGGACUGUUCAACCCUGCCGUCACACUAGCACUGUGGGCUACCCGUGCCAUUGAUGCGAAGAGAGGUGUAAUUCUUUUCAUAUCUCAGAUCGUAGGCAGUAUUACCGCUUCAGCCUUGGUCCUGGCCAUCUUCCCUACGCCACUCAAUGUCCGCACCACACUAAGCGAAGGCACGUCCUUGGCACAGGGUGUCUUCAUUGAGGCAUUCAUGACGGCUGAACUGGUCUUCACAAUCCUCAUGCUGGCCAAGGAAAAACACAGAUCCACUUUUAUUGCUCCCGUCGGUAUAGGCUUGGCUCUUUUCGUCGCCGAGCUCGUUGGAGUAUACUAUACGGGUGGCUCGUUGAAUCCAGCUCGCAGUUUCGGCCCUUGCGUGGUUACCGGCGCCUUCGAUGCUGAGCAUUGGAUCUACUGGGUUGGUCCUCUUGUGGGUUGCAUCUUCGCCAUUGCCUUCUACAAGUUCAUCAAAACCCUCGAAUAUGAGAUGGCAAAUCCCGGCCAGGACGGCGAUGAACUGAACGACCCGACCAAGAACCCUAACCACGAGCUGCGAGAGAAGCAGCGCGAGGUGACUACACGCAUUCUCGCCUCUUUGGGAUUCCAGAACCCUGGCGUUGCUGCAGACCCUAGCCGCCAGGCUGAAGAGGGCGGCUACUACAGCGCGUCUUCGGUUCCUGACGAUAGUGACCAAGAGAGGCGUGCUGGUUAUCCGGCAGCCAACAACCCAGCACUGGCUCUCUCGACUGUUGCGUCGAUGAGUGACCACAGUUCCCCUAGGACUGGUUAUCCCGUCAGCUCAGGGAGAACAUCCAUGCAAGACACCCGGUAG